UGCAGAAGGUCAGAAGAGGAGAAGAAGAAGAGGAGAGAGGCAAGGCAGGGGUGGGGUGUGUGUGUGUGUGUGCGUGGGCGUGCGUGAACUUACGGGAAUAUGCCGAGGGGAGAGCGAUGACAACCAUGCUGAGCCCAAAGAUCAGACAGACCAGGAGAGCCAGGUCGAAGAGCAUGGUGAUGGGCGAGGUGUCGCGAGGCUCGUGCAGGCCAGGCUCCCCCAGCCUCCAGGAGGGGGCGCUGAAGGCCGGAUGGCUGAAGAAGCAACGCAGCAUCAUGAAGAACUGGCAGCUACGCUGGUUUGUGCUCCGCUCAGAUCAGCUCUACUUCUAUAAAGAUGAAGAAGAAACCAAACCACAGGGCUUCAUACCCCUACAGGGAUGUCAGGUCAAUGAGCUCACUGCCAACCCAGAUGAACCAGGCAGGCACCUCUUUGAGAUCGUACCAGGUGGUACGGGAGAGAAGGACCGUGCCCCGAUUAGCCAUGAAUCCUUCCUGCUCAUGGCAAGCUCGCAGACCGACAUGGACGACUGGGUCAAGGCCAUUCGGCGGGUCAUCUGGGCGCCAUUUGGCGGAGGAAUUUUUGGCCAACGUCUGGAGGACACAGUGCAGUUUGAGAGGAAGUUUGGCCCCCGACUGGCACCGCUGUUGGUAGAGCAGUGUGUGGACUUCAUCAGAGAGAGGGGCCUGGAUGAGGAAGGUCUCUUUCGGAUGCCUGGACAGGCCAAUCUGGUCAAAGAUCUUCAAGAGGCCUUCGACUGCGGAGACAAGCCUUUGUUUGACAGUAACACAGACGUCCACACGGUGGCAUCCUUACUGAAGUUGUACCUGAGAGAACUGCCUGAACCAGUCAUUCCUUUCUCCAAAUAUGAGGACUUUCUAACCUGUGCACAGCUUUUGGCCAAAGACGAGGAGGAGGGGAUCCAGGAGCUUGGGAAACAAGUUAACACUCUACCUCUGCCUAACUACAAUCUCCUCAAGUACAUAUGCAAGUUUCUUGAUGAGGUUCAGUCCCACUGCAACGAGAACAAGAUGAGCGUUCAGAACCUGGCCACAGUAUUUGGACCAAAUAUCCUUCGAACCAAGAUGGAGGACCCGGUUACUCUCAUGGAAGGAACUUCUCUGGUCCAGCACCUAAUGACAGUCCUCAUUAGGGAACACCAGCGAUUAUACUCAGGGAGGGAGCACGAAGGACCUGCUUUGCCCCUAAUGGAGUUACCUGCCCAAGGACAUCAGCUCCAACACCGCAGUCUGGGAGCGUGGAUAUCUGAGGAGGACCUACAGAGCGGUCCAGGUUCCAACACUGAACAAGAACUCCACAGCAGUGCCUCAUCUCUGGACACCAAACUGUCUGCGGCCAUCACCCCUAACCCAAACCCUGGACCAAAAACGGCGCCUUCAACGGGGAAAGGAGAGCCCGUUGUCAGUCCAAGUAAACAAGCCAAGACCAUGCCUUCCUGGAAAUACUCUUUCAAAAGUUCUUCAACUCCCCGUUCACAGCCACAGGCUAAGCAAGUUAUCACAGGUGCCACAGUGGCAGAUACAAGUGCUCCUUCCGGUGGUGGAGGUAACUGGCUCAUGAAUGGUCUGUCCUCCUUGAGAGGACACCGCCGCACUUCUUCAGGGGAGCGAUCCACCAGAGAUCGUGACUCUACCGGGUCGUCCCAGAGAUUGUCCACUUAUGACAAUGUCACGUCUUCCUCCAGCACGGGGAGCGUUCCCAGUGUUUCCAGCACACCGUGGUCGAGCUCUUCUUGCGAUAUCUCCAUUCCAGACUCCGGCGGAGAACCUCAGACACAUCAGAACUUUGGAGGUGGAGCGGAUAGCGAUGAGAGGACUGAGUGGACAGAGAGCCAGAGGGAGACUGAGAGGGAAAAGGAAGAAGGGAGGACGAUGGAGCCAGGGGUGGACAUGGACGGAUGUGAGGCCAUGGAGCUUUGCAGCAGCAGCGCAGCAUUCGGUGAAAGCGAAAACGUACUCACGGUGGCAGGAGUGCCGUCCAUUAUUAUGACAGAAGUCGGAGAUGUGACUACCCUGACCCUGAACACUCUAGUGGAGGAACUGAAGGAGGAGUUGAGGAAACAGAGGACAACAUAUGAGACCAGGAUUCAGAAAUUGGAAGAGUCCAGCACAGCGCUGUGUGCCCAGGUGGAGCGUUUAGAACAAGAGAUGGAGCAAGAGAAGAAGAAGCAGCGCAUGCUGGAAAUCAAGCUGCGGAACUCUGAGCGGGCGCGGGAAGACGCCGAGAAUCGCAACCGCCUCCUGGAGAAGGAGAUGGAGGAUUUCUUCUCCACGCUGGGCAAUCUGGCCCUGGGCUCAAGGACAAGCGACAUUUGACUCAACAUGAAUUUCCUGUUUUAGCAUUAGCAAAAAAAGCGGCACAGCCAUCAACUGACGUCUGUGGGCUUGAAGCAGCAGGAUGCUUCUUUAAGGAAAUAACUAACAGUAGAAGAAAGAAAGGAAGCACUCUGUUGCACAUUUCCAACAAGCUUGAAGUUGAUGAAAAGAAACGCUGAAGGACGCCAAUGUCGUCAUUGAUCUGCGAGACGGUGCUUAGGAGGGUUGACUCUUUGGCAUGCUUAAAACUGAACAUGAAGAUGGAGCUCCUAUAGUUAGCAUUCCCCGUUCACUGAGGUUUCAUGUUUCUAAUGAAGGCAGUGUCAUAAACGUCUCAGGUGCCUGUUUCAUGACUGAAACGUGGUAACAUAACUUCCCCAAAGCUUUGUGCCGGAGAGCGCUUUUUCAACCACUAUUUUCCAUUGGUCUUGUGCUAACACUGUAGAAUUGUAGGAAGCAUUUAUUAUUUAUUUAUAUUUACAGAAGCAAUAGUUUGAGAUUUGAUCAAAUCUGCUUUUUGCCUUUUGCUUGAUAAUGUGAUUCUCAAACUUUUUAUAACUGUCACCAUCUCAGUAAAUAUCACACUUUUGGGCCAAAAAACACCAUCUUGUCCAGAUAUAUAUUAUUUAUGUUGUCACUUAUUUUAAAACUGUCACAACAAAAUAUGGAGUUUUUCAAUUUCUUUAAAGGUCUCCAAGUCAGAGUUCCCAGUGAGAAACAUAGUUUUUUUCUCACCGGCCCCAAUUUAGAAAUUCAACAUGGCUACCUUCCAUGUGAAAUUGAUAGAUAAAAAGAAAAAGAAAAGGCUGUUUAUGGGAAUGUAUGAUAUCUUGUGCCAUUAAAUCUGUCAUAUUCUACUGUACAACAUCUUUUAAGGGAACCUGAAGAAACAUUGUUAUUGGCUGACAGACGUCAGCUUUGAAUACAGAAUUUUCCAAAUCUAGCUGGUUCUUAAUAUGGAACUGGUUAGGCUGAGUUUUAUCCAAAUCCCAGAUUCAAGUGUCAACUUCAGGGGCAAAAAACCUUAUCAAAAGUCAGCAGAACUUGUUGCUUCACUUUCACAUUACUUCCGACAGGGAUUAUAAAACUUUUUUUCCACUGCACUUCUAUUUCGAAAAUUUUCUGAUGAAAGAACAGGGUCUAAAUUACAGACUACAUGUUCCCAUCUAUCUUGCAAAUAUUUAUUGCUAAAUUUAGCUAAAAUUCUUGUGAAGGGAGUCCUAAGGGAUUGUACCUUAGUACCUUAGUUUGAGAACUACGGCCUUAGGUAAAAUAAAACUUUGACCAAUAUUUGUACCCAAAUAUGUACAUAUGUUGCUGCUACUUGCUAUUUGUUAGGAUAACACCAGAUCAAGAAACAACUAGCCACAUAAACUCAUUGAAAAAGUUCUCAAAUACUCAGUAAUGUAUGGUGAAAUCUACUUCUGUUCAAAUGUUGAGACUAUUUGAUUAGAAAAAGGAGUUUGGGCUGGGUUACCCAAGCUAACUGGGUUUAGCUAUUGCAUACAUUGCUAGGUCAGUUGAUCAUUUGCUCAGUUGUUUGUUUUGGAAAAAUGAACUAAUCAGUGGUCAGUGUGUCUUCCUACCUGGUCGAAUAAAAUGAUCUGAAUACAAGAUAAGCAAUUUACCUUUAAAUAACUUGGCUGAUUGGAUAAUGUGCAACAACAACUUUAGCAGAUGUCUUUCUAUUUUCCAUAUUUGUACUUCAAACAUUGUGGGGGAGGUUUAACAUUAUGUUUGUGUAUUGUGUUAACAAAAGGAGGUAUCAAUGAACUAGAUUUUCAAUUUCCUAAGUAAAACCUAAACACAUCUGGACUGGAUGCCUGCCACAGCUGCCUCAAUCCCAUUCUACAUGGUUUCUGAGUCCAUUCAAUGGCAAAUCCUGGCUGCUCUGUUGGGCCCUCACAUUGUUAAUGUCUGUCAGGUAUGAAGGGUUACGUUUACAAUUCCUCAAUAUUUGGUUAGCAUUAGCAAACAAAAUAUUUACCCCCAAAUUAAAUAUUUAGUUGGUAUUAGAAAACAACUAUAUUUAGAUUUGAACUAAGUUCUUAAUUUGCUAAUGCUAGCUAAAA